AUGCCGACCUCUGACCAACAAAUCACUGAAACGCGUAUCACUGAAGAAGACUUGUUGGAUCAGGAGAUACUUCAUCGACAGUCUUGUCUCCAAAAUUCUGACUCUGAGAUUGCACCUUUGGCAACGAAAAAGUCUAAUGGAUCAGAAGCACCUUAUUACCAAAUCCAGACGACCAGACGUAUCUGGAUGUUGGUACUGGCCAUUACGCUGCAUAAUAUCCCUGAGGGUAUGGCCGUCGGCGUUGCGUUUGCCUCCUCUUCCGGUAGCAGUGCACAUCCAGCUUCAGCUUCCCAGUUUGUUACGGCCAGUGCGAUUAGCCAUCUUGAAUGUGUAACAGUUGUUGACUCAAGUACGGCAGGCAGCUUUCCGAGACGGGAUGCUGAGUUUUGCUUUUGCGCUUACCGGAAACUGUGGGCUGUUUCGAGGAUCACCUGUUGGCCCUGUAUGCUGGCCACAACCUUUCAUCUUCUAUCUGCACUUCUUUUUACAUCGACUGUUUGGGUUGUGCUUACUUGCUUCGCGUCCGAGACCCUGAUGGGAAUUGGAGAUUGGUCCGAAAGCGAUUGA